GGCGGGACUAAGCUAAAGCACCGGACUUCUCCCUUGACCCUUUGUGUCAGUUGUGUUCAAUCGCGAAGAGAGCUGGAGACGGUGUCCUUCCAGUGCAUUUCUACAUUUAUUAAUUAACCUGAACUCAUGAAAGAUGUUUGCGAAAGCCACUAAGAACCUGGUCUCUGAGAUCGACGUUGAUGGUUCCCUGUUCCCAGUGUCCCGUCUGAAUGACUCGGAUGGUCUGGCUCCUCUGGCCCUGGUCAUCAAGAGAAACCGCUACUGGUUUUGGCAGCGGCCCAAGUACCUAACAUCAGACUUCAAACUAAAUGAUGUUCUUGUGGGAGAUCCCAUAAAUCCAGCUGUGGAUGAAACUGAUUUUUUGACCUUUAAUGGCAAAGUUGUGGAUAACAAAAGUGGAAGUGCUGCAGCUGAUUUUGGGCCGGGGACCAUUAAUACGGGGGUUGCUAGCUCCAGCAAACUUCAGUCAUCGUUUGGAAACCUAAAGAAGCAGGAGGUGGAUGUACAGAAUCUCUUACAGGCUUCCAAGUCCAGAGUUCUGGACCUGACGCACUCUCUGAUCAAGCAGACACGGGAGUCUCAGAGGGAGGUGCUGACGCUCGUGAAGGAGCGAAUCGUCACCACUCAGCCCUGCACCAUCACAGAGGACGUUCAGGAAGGUGGUACCUGCACUGGAAUGUUUGGGUUCAAUAAAACCAUAAAGGUGUCAGUCAAUGAUAAAGAGAAGCCUUUUGUCGCGUAUGACACUAAUGUGUCGAUCAACAUCCCUCCCAAAACCACCAUUGCUUACAGUGUGAUUGAACUAGAAGUUGCUCAAACUGGACACUACGAAAUGUGCCUGCUGCCUAAUGUCAAGGGUGGUUUUGAAGUUGACGGGCCAGUGAAGGUGCAGAAAGCAAGAACAGUUAGUGCUGCACCCGGGAAAACAACCAAUAAACUACAGGAAGAUCUGGAAGGACUCCAGGGGCAGCUGACAGUUCUCUCUAAACUCCCAUCCAGCACUCGCUCCUCAUUAUUCCAGCAGAUCUCUCUGCUCCUGCAGGACAGUGCAGCCAUCAGCGUGCUGGAGGACGCACUAGAGGACCUGUGUGAUGGGACGCAGCCUGAACCCAGUGCAUUAGAGAAGGUGCCUGCUCUGAAGGCCACACUGGAGCUUGUACAGAAGACCGCUGGUUCUAGCCCCUCUGGAAAGCAGAAGAAACUCAGCACUCUGACUGCCACCCAUCUGCUCAUCAGCUCCUUAGUUGAGAUGACUGACUCUGCGCUGCUUGAGCUCAAAUCCUGCUGCAGUUACACAACCCUGCAAGCUUUACUUCAUCUUGUGCAAAAUAUGAUUUCAAAUAAGAAGUCCUCUCUGAAAGAUGCUGCUCUGGCUGCGUUAACCGAUGAGAAGGUUUUCAAGAACGUUACAUCACUCUUUGCUUCCUGUAACGUGAAGCUGCUUAAGCAGAAGGACUCAGUUGCUACAAAAAUCAGCAACCCACAGGAUCGCCUUCCUCUCAUACUGUGCAUUGCUGUUAAAGGCUUGGCAUCUCUAGUGCCCCCUGUCUGACUGGAGGACAACCGCAAAGCUAAAAUAUCUGAUGUAAACUGUGGACCAAAGGGCACUUAAAGCUGUGGACAAUCUACUAUAAAAAAUUAUUAAUCCUUAAGUGGCCUUUCAGUUGUUUUAUAGAAAUUUU